AUGUCUUUAAAUGAAGAGGAUGAUGAGGGGUGUCCAAAACAACUUGCGAUACCCCCCAAAAUACAAGAUGAGUUAGCUCAUGUAAUUCAGACAUCUUUGAAGAGCAUAGCUGUACAAGUAAAUAAUCUAAAUAAGUAUGCUGAAGACCUACUUGGAGGGAUAUCCAAAGAGGUUGAUUGGUUUUAUCAAAGACUUCAGGUUUUACAAGAACGUGUAAUCUACUUAACUGACAAUAUUACUCAAAAGAAUGAAAACCGAAGAUUAUCCUUGUCAGCUGGGAAAUCACAGAAGACUUCUCAAAGCACAGGUAUUCAAAACCAGCAGAAGUACUCCAGACCAUUAGUUGUUAAAAUGUAUGAAACGCAUGAUGCUUGCGUACAGACAUUGCCUCUCCACAUUCCUACUGUUUAUUGCGAAGAUGACUUAGAAGGUUUACAGCUUUCUCAUGGAACUUCCUGUGUUUUUCAACUCUGUAAAGAAAAGAGCAUACAUGAAAGUAAAGAGAAGUUCAAACAAAAGAAUAAACACCUGAUUAAUUUCAAUGUUUCAAAAAGUGCUCCUCAAAGUCAGGGAUUCCAAAAUAAUGCUUCAGUCAGCCAUAUGCAAACCACUUGUGGAGAGAUCACUAAUUCACAUGCAAAUCAACCAACUCAGCCUUCUUUGACCAGUUACCAAUUUAAUGAAAUCAGUGAAAUUGGUAGGCUUCUAACAAGAACUGUAGGAAAGAUGCUAUCCAGGCCUUUAUGCAAACUGAUGGAUGGAGCUAGAGACCUAAAACCACCAUGCAUCAGUUAUGGAAUUGGGAUGGGAGAAGAGUUGCCACCUCAACCACAAAUUCAACCUAAAACAAAUGUGUUUGUGAGCCCUAUGGCCCCGAAUUCUCCACCUCCAUUACCGCCGGAUUGGUUAGCUGCUUUAAGAGCUUCAAAGAUGGCAAAUCAACCUCAAAUCAUACAUUACCCAUCUCAAUUUCCAUCACCAAUUUUGAGAAAUCCACCAGGAAUACCACAACCUGUUCAUCCACCAACUAUUUCUGAGGCAGCCCCUCCAUUUACUGCACCUAAAUUAGUCGUCGCUCCACCAGUACCUGAACUUUUGCAGUGCUACAAAAUGUUAGCAAAUGAGCUAUCCCCACAAAAAAAAGAAAAGGAUGUAUCUCCACCUAUAUCUCCUUCUCCAAUAAUCUCACGUAAAAUUGAAACAAACAUCAGAGUUACAAAUCCAACUAGCCAUGCUGCACAGCCACCAGCAUCAUCAGUUUGUCCAUCUGUUAGGUCUGUGUCUGCAAAGUCACCAAGAUCUACAGUUGUAGAAUCAGCAAGAUCUUCAGUUACACCACCAACAAGAUAUCUGAUUUCAGCAACUACAUCUUCAUUCAUGCCCUUACCAAGACCUUCAAGCCCACAAAAGUCAAAAACUUCAGUUCCACUGUCACGUCAACAAGUAUCAAGAUCUUCAGUUCCAUCAUCAAGCUGUUCAGUUUUCCAGUCAACAAAAAGUUCCGUUCAUCCAUUCUCAAGAAGCAUAAAUGCACAAUCAAGAAAAUCACCCGCUGCUCUUUCAGCAAGCCGCUCAGCUCCACAAUCAGCAGGACAUUUGAUUCCACCACAAUCCGCAUCUUCAAAUGUGAAGUCUUCAUGCCUCCAGCCAUUAGUUUCUUUUGUACAGUCAUCAUCAGCUUGCAUUCCAAAAUCUUGGGAUCCAAAUUCCCAAGCCUUAUCAGUGUCUCAAUCCUCCCAAGUUCCAAUUUGUCAAGAUUUCCAACUAGCUCCAUCAACUCCACCCAUAUAUAAUAAUGCAAGAAGUGUCCUGAUGGAAGCAAUAAAAAAAGGUGUGCUGCUACGGAAAACAGAACAUCCAUGUGUCCUGAAAGCUAAAAUAGAGAUUGCUAAAAAUGAGCCACCUUUUAUCCAGAUACAACAUCAAGCUGCAGAAUGCACUUCUGUCAAAUUUCAGAGAAAGGCAACUUAG